CUCGCCGCUCGCCUACGUGCCUCGGCCAUGGGCUCCUCUCGGUGGCACAGCCCACAGGCUGAGCAGUCGGCGCCGCGACCACGAGCGCGUGCGCACGUCAGCGCGCGCCGGUCCCAGCGCGAGGAGUCCCCUCCUUUCGUCUCGCCCCGCCCCCGCCGGCCUCCAGUGCGGCGCUCUGGGCAGCGAGAAUCCUGGCACUCGCGCGCGCUCGGUAUAGCGAUGGAGGUUCCUGGGAGCCUGUGCAAGAAAGUCAAGCUGAGCAAUAACGCACAGAACUGGGGGAUGCAGAGAGCAACUAAUGUCACCUAUCAAGCUCACCAUGUCAGCAGGAAUAAGAGGGGCCAGGUUGUGGGGACCAGAGGUGGCUUUCGUGGUUGUACAGUUUGGCUAACAGGCUUAUCUGGAGCUGGAAAGACGACUGUGAGCAUGGCUUUAGAAGAGUAUUUGGUUUGCCAUGGUAUCCCAUGCUACACUUUGGAUGGUGACAACAUUCGCCAAGGUCUCAAUAAAAAUCUCGGCUUUAGUCCUGAAGACAGAGAAGAGAAUGUUCGACGUAUUGCAGAAGUCGCUAAGCUAUUUGCAGAUGCUGGCUUAGUGUGCAUCACAAGUUUCAUAUCACCUUAUACUCAGGAUCGCAACAAUGCAAGGCAAAUUCAUGAGGGUGCAAGUUUACCUUUUUUUGAAGUAUUUGUUGAUGCUCCUCUCCAUGUUUGUGAACAGAGGGAUGUCAAAGGACUUUACAAAAAAGCACGGGCUGGAGAAAUUAAAGGUUUUACUGGGAUUGAUUCUGAAUAUGAAAAACCAGAGGCCCCUGAAUUGGUGCUGAAAACAGACUCCUGUGAUGUAAAUGACUGUGUCCAGCAAGUUGUUGAACUUCUGCAGGAACGGGAUAUUGUACCUGUGGAUGCUUCUUAUGAAGUAAAAGAAUUAUAUGUGCCAGAAAAUAAACUUCAUUUGGCAAAAACAGAUGCGGAAACAUUACCUGCAUUGAAAAUUAGUAAAGUGGACCUGCAGUGGGUGCAGGUUUUGGCAGAAGGUUGGGCAACGCCACUGAACGGCUUUAUGAGGGAGAGGGAGUACUUGCAGUGCCUUCAUUUUGCCUGUCUGCUGGAUGGGGGUGUCAUUAACUUGUCAGUGCCUAUAGUUCUGACAGCUACUCAUGAAGAUAAAGAGAGGCUGGAUGGCUGUACAGCAUUUGCCUUGAUGUAUGAGGGCCGCCGUGUGGCUAUUCUUCGCAAUCCGGAGUUUUUUGAGCACCGGAAGGAGGAACGCUGCGCCAGACAGUGGGGAACAGCAUGCACGAGCCACCCCUACAUCAAGAUGGUUAUGGAACAAGGAGAUUGGCUGGUUGGAGGAGAUCUUCAAGUCUUGGACCGAAUUUAUUGGAAUGAUGGUCUUGAUCAUUAUCGUUUUACUCCUGCUGAGCUAAAGCAGAAGUUUAAGGAUAUGAAUGCUGAUGCUGUCUUUGCAUUUCAAUUACGCAACCCGGUGCACAACGGCCAUGCUCUGUUAAUGCAGGAUACCCACAAGCAGCUUCUUGAGAGGGGCUACCGGCGCCCUGUACUACUUCUUCACCCUCUUGGUGGCUGGACGAAAGAUGACGAUGUCCCUUUGGUGUGGCGCAUGAAGCAGCACACUGCAGUGCUGGAGGAAGGGGUCCUGAAUCCUGAAACAACGGUGGUGGCCAUCUUCCCGUCUCCCAUGAUGUAUGCUGGACCAACUGAGGUCCAGUGGCAUUGCAGAGCACGGAUGGUUGCAGGAGCCAAUUUUUACAUUGUUGGACGAGACCCUGCUGGCAUGCCUCAUCCAGAAACAGGGAAGGAUCUUUAUGAGCCUACUCAUGGCGCCAAAGUGCUGACAAUGGCCCCCGGCCUCAUCACCUUGGAAAUAGUUCCAUUUAGAGUUGCAGCUUACAAUAAGAAAAAGAAGCAAAUGGAUUACUAUGACUCCGAACACCAUGAAGACUUUGAAUUUAUUUCAGGAACACGAAUGCGCAAACUUGCCCGAGAAGGACAGAAGCCUCCAGAAGGUUUCAUGGCUCCCAAGGCCUGGACUGUGCUCGUGGAAUACUACAGAUCCUUGGAGAAAGCCUAAUCUGUUAACCCAGUCACUCCACCUUUGACACUUACUGAGUACCAAGAGGGGACCACAUAUUUACUGUUGGCAUUUCUGUGUGGUGGUGUCUGUCUGGACACGCUUCCUAAAAACAGGCCAUUUUCCUUAACUCGCAUCAGUUAGUCUGCCUUAUGAGUUCUGUUUUGAACUAGUGUAGCACUGCUGGUUUUAAUGUAUCUUUCUACUUAUUUUAGUCAAUAUUCCUACAAUACAAUUUUAAAAUCUUGUCCUUCUAUAUUAUAUUUAUGCUUCUGUCUCAUGAUUUUUUCAAGCUGUUGUAUUGUAACCAAUAGGAUACAUAUUGAAUCUCAUUUUAUCCCUUGAAAAAAGAAAAAAAUACUCACUAAACAAAUUUGGCUAGAACUCAUUUUGGGAAUUUUGCAAGACAUCUGUAGUAAUCAGAUUUUUUUUUUCUACAUU